AGUUUAGUACUUUUUGAUGUUCCAUCAUCAUGACGCUCAUUGCGCGCGCGAGGCAAACGUGCGAAGGAUAGUGUGUGUGUGUUUACCACGUGCGUGUGUUGUUUCGUCGAGUUCGUUUCGACGUCGUGUGUAACUGCCACGUCUCUCUGGGAUGGCCUCAGUACCGUGUGCUACUUUUCACAAAAACAUCGACGACAUCAAACGCUGCAAAGAUGGGUCCUUGGUGCUGGCGUGCAACAACUUGUUUGGCACCAAGUGGGAAGGUUCAGUGCGCCUCUACAAGAAGGUGGAGGACAUUCCAAGCCUGGAGGAGUGCGUGGCCUCAGUAAACACUGACUCAACUGUGGCCGACAAUGUGCCUUUGAACCCAGGUCGCUUCAUGCUUGGCCUUGACUCAGGUGGCGUGGAGAUGCUACAGCUGGCCCAGGAAGAGCCUCGGCUGUUGGACACGGUGUUCUACAGGCGGGACCACGAUGGUGGUAUCACCUCGCUGGCUCUGUCGCCCGACAGGCGGUGGCUGGCUUCCACUGGAUGGGAUUUUGCCCCCCUAAGCUUUGCUGAGAUGGAUGGUGCCACUGAAGGGGUGCCUGUGGGAGUCACCAUAAGGGCCAGGAUCAAGCUGUGGGACAUGACCUCUAUGGAGUGCUCCAGGACAUAUGUGGCAGCGCACUCUGAUGCUGUCUGGAAGGUGGUCUUCUCCACAGACCCCAAUGUCUUCCUAUCCUGCAGCAAGGAUGGGAAGGUGCAAUCCUGGGACAUGAGGCUCAGUAAGCCGGCCACUGUUCUAGUGGGAUCACGCUAUCAUGAAAAGCACUGGCAGGGGGAAGCGAAUGCUUCGGUUGUCUCUGGCUCCAGCACAUCUCCGAAACUCAAGAUUACGCAACCUGCAGUACCAAAUGCGCAGAAGACAGUGCACAUGAUGCCACCCAUCUCGGCAGGCCCACCCCUUGCACACACGACAGAUCACCUCUCAAACUGCGCACGGGCUGUGUACGCUCUAGGCUGUGCUGACAGCCAUGCACGGCCACGCUAAAAAAGGAGACGCGCCAGCCUGCCCCCUUUACUCCACGUCCCCUCCCCCCCUUGAGGUGCGCUUGCCGCACUCUUGCUCUCCUCCUCCCUUUCCCUUUAUCACGUGGGAAGACUGCGCUCAUCAAGUCAUCGUCCUUCUCUGCUUACCCUCGCACACUUAUGCUCACAGCCGAAGCUAGCAGCCAAAGCAGGCAACUCACGAGGUGUGAUAGGAUCUUAUUGCACUAUGGAGCAUAAAGCUGCUCUGCUUCGGGGGUCUUUCUUGGUCACAUGGCACACGAUUUGAGAGGUGCGUCCACAAGCAGCUGCAUGUAAUUAAACUAUUUGACCCUCUGCAUCCGCAGAAGUUUACAUUAAAAGAAAGUUAUCAGCAAAAGGGUUGCGUCAUUUUGUGAAAAAUAUCAGUUAUCUAUGCAUCAAUUUGGGUUUCGUACGGGCCGAUCGACUGAAUUAGCUCUAUCAACACUGAAGGAUUUAAUUUUGAUUCCUAUGAAUCAAAAAUUAACAUUAUGCACAUUUGUCGAUUUUUCUAAAGCCUUUGAAAUGAUCAAUUAUAUUACUUUACCAAGAAAAACUUAAACAUUAUAGAUUCAGGGGAUUACCCCUGGACCUUCUAUGGUCUUAAUGCAUAGGAAAUAAUGUGUUUGCAUUUCAGGAGAGUACUAAGAUUCCCUGAAUUUAGAAGCCAGUGUCCCCUAAGGGAGCACAUGAGGGCCUAUACUGUGUAACAUCUGUAUAAAUGAUUUAACAAAUAUCAAUAACUUACUACACUAUAUAGUAUAUGCAGAUGAUACCAGCCUUUUUUUCCAGUCAUGUAAUGCUGAUAACUUGCAGAAGAACUCUAGAAAAACCAAAGCUGUCCUUUUUGCACCCACCCAAAAACAUGUAAAUAUAAACAUAUU